AGAUAUCCUUUUCAACCCCCCAGCAUUCACUUUGUGACCCCCAUCUACCACCCCAAUAUAGACAGCAACGGGAGGAUCUGCAUGGAUACGCUCAAGCUGCCGCCACAGGUUUACUUACUGAUUCUAAUUCAAUCAAACCUUAUCAUACAUACAAGUAACUGAUUCUAAUUCAAUCAAACCUUAUCAUACAUACAAGUAAACAUACACAUGCUUCAUGACGUGUGGGUGUGUGUGUUGGGGGGGGUGGCUUUGAUUUGAAAAAAUGUGUAUGUUUCUGUGCAUAUUAUCUCCACUUAAUUGAGAAAGUGAUAGUCCAAAGAAAGGAAGCACCUUUGGUAGAGAAAAUGUGUCCUUGGUUGAGGGUUAAUGGUUUAUUUGAUGUCUCAUGUCAUCUUUAAUGUUUUUGAAUUGAUGGAAACUAAAUGUUUCGUCUCCUGUGAGAUUUUAAAAUGAUGAGAUGCAUAUUGGCAACAAUCUCCAGUGUGAACUCUUGUUUCAAUUUCUUUCUCUUUAUUUUAUUUUUAAUUUUACAACUCAACAUACUCUACAGCAUUUCUUAUUUACCCCAAAUAGUCUUUCAUUUCUGCUUCUAAACCCUUACUAUCAACUCAUCUGUCCAUCCAUCAACUCAUCCCUCCAUCCACAAAAUCCAUCACCCCAACUUCAAAGCACCUCUCUCCUAUCAUCCCUGUUUUCUCCUCAACCUUGAUCAAUAAAAACAACACCACCCCUCUGUCGGUUUCUGCCAUUUUUCAACCCUUCCCUACAACACUGUCCCAUCUCUUAUAGACUACCAUUACAGUUAUGCUUCAUCCAUCCCAUCUAUGUCACAACAUACUAUUUUAUUACAUUGGAGAAUAAAUUAAUAUGUGGUCACUUAGUUAACUGUCUUGAUGUUUGUUUGUUUCAAAGUAUUUGCACUAUUCAAACCUAGCCCCACUAUCUCCUUAUUAUUCUGAUACACAUUUCCACCCAGUCUCUAAACCUCAACUAAUUAAUCUCUUUUACAAAAAUCACCUCUUGUGUCGGAUCGUUACAGAUCGCUCGAAGACUCACCAGUGGUUAUUUUAGGUACGCCAAAACCAGACACAUCUCCUCACUCUACCUUCUCCCUUUAGCCCUGUGAUUUCCAACCAUCUGUCUUCCUAGACAACCUACUUCUCCCAGUGGUUGAAAUGAUUAUCUUAGUAAGCAUGGCAAGGUCAGGUUGUUUUUGAUCUAGUGCUUAGCUAAAAUCUAUGGUGAAUUUGUCGCUAUGACUAAUAUUAGUGAAUAUUGUGGAAGAUUUCAAUUUUUACCCGCCCUUCUUGGAACCAAAGCGGACAAAACUGUGAGGCAUGCCUUUAAAAUUAUAUGAUUUUUUAAAUCUCCAAAAACUGUUUAUUUUUUAAAAAUAAUUAUGGUCCUUACAUGGAAUACUUAAAAUUAUUGCCUAGGUUUGUACCUAGGAUAAUUAGUUGGACUGCAGAAAGCUGGUCAUGGUGUGCAAAUAGCAUGCUCAGUCUUUCAGUCUUUGAAGACAUAAUAUAAUAGUAGCUGAUGCUUGAUGACUUGCCAGGGGACAUGGAGUCCGUGUCUGAACAUCUCAACUGUGUUAAUGAUGAUUCGGGUCUUAAUGGCCGAGCCAGGAUCUGAGGACCCGCUCAUGACAGAUAUUGUAAGUCACAUAUUAUUUGGAUAUAAUGUAUAGAAUCAGUUGGUCGAGCAGGCUAAUGAUGAGGCAUAAUUUUGAGGGUUAUUUAUAUAGAAUGGUGUGUUGUUUAAAUAGCUUGUUGUGUUAUUUAUAUAGAAUGUUCUGUUAUCUAUAUAUAAUGUUGUUUUUUUUUUAUAUUAUAGAAUGUUGUGUCUUUUUUAUAUUAUAGAAUGUUGUGUCUUUUUUAUAUUAUAGAAUGUUCUGUUAUUUAUAUAGAAUGUUGUGUCAAAAAUGUUUUGACCAUGGAAAUGAUUUGAUUCAUAUCAAGAGUAAAAGAGUGUAACGGGAAAAUUUGGUCAACUUUUGUUUUUGAAAAGACAAAUCAAACGAAUGAAAUGAUGGCACAAACCGUAUUUAACUUUGAUUAGUUUUAUGGAGACAUUCUUUAGGUUGGUUUUCUUUUUUUGAGUACCAUAUUAUAGUCUAGACGACACAAUACUUCAACAUCAUAUUAUAGUCUAGACGACACAAUACUUCAACAUCAUAUUAUAGUCUAGACGACACAAUACUUCAACAUCAUAUUAUAGUCUAGACGACACAAUACUACAACAUCAUAUUAUAGUCUAGACGACACAAUACUACAACAUCAUAUUAUAGUCUAGACGACACAAUACUACAACAUCAUAUUAUAGUCUGGACGACACAAUACUACAACAUCAUAUUAUAGUCUGGACGACACAAUACUACAUCAUAUUAUAGUCUAGACGACACAAUACUACAACAUCAUAUUAUAGUCUAGACGACACAAUACUACAUCAUAUUAUAGUCUAUACGACACAAUACUACAACAUCAUAUUAUAGUCUAGACGACACAAUACUACAACAUCAUAUUAUAGUCUAGACGACACAAUACUACAACAUCAUAUUAUAGUCUAGACGACACAAUACUACAACAUCAUAUUAUAGUCUAGACGACACAAUACUACCACAUCAUAUUAUGGUUUAGACUACACAAUACUACAUCAUAUUAUGGUUUAGACUACACAAUACUACAACAUCAUAUUAUGGUCUAGACUACACAAUACUACCACAUCAUAUUAUGGUCUAGACUACACAAUACUACCACAUUAUGGUUUGGACUACACAAUACUACAACAUCAUAUUAUGGUCUAGACUACACAAUACUACCACAUCAUAUUAUGGUCUAGACUACACAAUACUACAACAUCAUAUUAUGGUCUAGACGACACAAUUCUAAAUCAUAUUAUGGUGUGACUACACAAUUCUACCACAUCAUUUUAUGGUCUAGACUACACAAUACUACUACAUCAUUUUAUGGUCUAGACUACACAAUACUACCACAUCAUAUUAUGGUCUAGACGACAUAAUUCUACAUCACAUUAUGGUCUAGACUACACAAUUCUACCACAUCAUUUUAUGGUCUAGACUACACAAUACUACCACAUCAUUUUAUGGUCUAGACUUCACAAUACUACCACAUCAUAUUAUGGUCUAGACAACACAAUUCUACCACAUCAUAUUAUGGUCUAGACUACACAAUUCUACCACAUCAUUUUAUGGUCUAGACUAUCCAAUUCUACCACAUCAUUUUAUAGUCUAGACUACACAAUAUUACCACAUCAUUUUAGUUUUUAGACUGCACAAUACUAACACAUCUUUUUAGCUUUUAGACUACACACAACCAGUACUACUUGACUUACUCUGCUAGAUGGCUCAAAGUGAAUCUGGGCUUUCACAAUAAAAUUUGUGUAAAACUGUUUGAACUAUGGUCACGAUUAUAGUAAUCACACUGAAACAUACAGUUAGCAUAUGGAUUUUGUGACCUUUCUGCCAAUACUGAUAUGUUGCUGCUAUAAGUUGUUAUAAACAGAGGGGAUACCUCCAUGAAUAUCAGAUACGGGGGUUAAUUACAAAUUAUUUUUCACAACUGUAAUAAUACAAGUCUGAGAAUUCACAUAUCACUCAUUUAUUUAUAUAUAACUCUACAUAUCAUAAGUCAUAAGGUUCACAUCUGAUGAAUAAUAGAAUGAUGAUUAAAUACAGUUCAGUCAUAGAGACAUCCAUUUCUUUUAAGAAAAUAGCAUGAGACCAAAUCUUCAUUCAAUAAAAUAUGGCAGCUCUUGUAGUUCCUCACCAUCUAUAUUUCAUUACUCUAUGGAUUAAUUGAGAAUUUCUUCCCAACAGUGGCAAGAGUUUAAGUAUGAUUACACAACUUAUGCAAAGAAAGCUCAACAGUGGACACAGCAACACGCCAUGAGUUCCAGUCUUGGCAAAGAAAACGUAUGUAUCACCAUUGUGUCUGGCACUUACUAUGCUUAUUAAUUAUUUGAGCAGGCGAUUAUUUUUUUUAAAAAUCGGGUCUAAGAGAAUAGAUUCAUAAUUAUUGAUCAAAUUUUCUAUUUGACUCUAAAGGCCAAGAGUUUUGGGGUGUUUAACUCUAAAAACUUCAUGACCUCCUACGUCUCUAAUUUUUAAACAAAAUGUUUUUUUUUUUUAAUUUACUUUAGAUGAAGUCUCAGUCAGCCGAGAGCUCAAACAAAUUGUCUGACAGCAAGUUAGACAGACUAUUUACUGAUAAGGAGAAGUCAGGCGAAAUGACAGAUCGAGACCAGGUGCAGGAAAAAAGGAAACACAGUAUAUUGACAGAGACAGGUCAGACGGAUGAUGGUUCCAAGAAACUAAAAUUGAGCCGACAUAAAAAUGAAUAAAUGAAAUUUUCUUUAGAGGAG